AUGUUCACCUGUCCCGAGCCGUCGUGCCGGAAAUCAUUUGCGAGACGCGAGCACCUACACCGACACCAGUACAACCACAAGGACUGUGACUUAACUUGUUCUCGGUGCGCAGCGCAUUUCCGCCGCCGUGACCUCCUAGACCGCCAUCUCAAACGCCACCAACAAAAGGACAUCGAGGCCGGCGGAGAAGGGCGGGGCAACCUGGCGACGCGCAAACGGCUAUGGAGAGACAGUGAUGGGCGCGUGGUCAAUUCGAGCCGACCGCACAAGAUUCCCUCCCCAGGAGUGGAUGGGCCGCCUCAGUCCGACACGCAUCCUCACACAGCUCUGCCUUCGCCGCCGACCUCGAGCUCGGGGGUCGAACAAGGCAGCGAUGUCGCGUACCUACACGAGCCGUGGACGUCAAUCGACAUGAGUUUCAUGCCGGCGGAUGGUCAGGACCCUGAUUUUCUGUUCGAUUCCAGCUGGGCGACGCAUAGUCUGAUGGCGGCCACGGCGUCGGAGGCUCCAGACCAUGAUAUUUCGUUUCCCGAUACAACGAUCUCCUUCAGUGCCCCUCUGCCGACACUUCAGUAUUAUAACUGGUUGUUCGGGAGUGACAUUCCCCACGCUGGGGAUGAUCGAUGCCAAUCCCAGUCACCGACACACUCGCAAAGCAUGGCCGCCGAGACUCUGACCGGCCCAGACGCACCUAUAACGGCGAUUCAGGAUGCAUUUGCGCCUCCCACACGGUUUGACGUGACCGGCUCUGUCCAACAGACUGCUGUUCCCGCUCUUUCUGCUACCACCCCUGCUACUCACGUUGCAGCUGAUGCCAUUUCUGUUCCUUCUCCUGCGCAGCAACCACCGAGCAGUCCUCGCCAACACCCUCAUCUAACGCCCCGCCGAGAGCCGGAGGAUUUCGACGACCUCCCUCCUCCAGAUUGCUGGGCGCGUGAAAGACCGACUAAACUUCCCGUCAUGACCGACCAGGCCCGUGACGGGCUCAUGCAACUGAUCUACCAGUCCCGGCCGUCCCGACCGGACAAGUCGGAAAUCAGCCCAUGCGACCCGCUUCUCUCGUCAGCGGCCUUGCAAGAAUACUGUGAUCUAUUCUUCACCCGGUUCAACUUGACGUACCCGCUCAUACACUCGGGAACGUUUGACAGCUCGAACACGCCUCCUCUAUUACUAAUGUCGAUCGUGCUUUUGGGGGCCACGUACGCGGACAAAAAGGCGCAUCUACUUGCCGUGUGUAUCCACGACACGAUGCGCCCGUUGAUCCACAGUAGUAAGGACUUUGGUACGCGGCCUCGGCUGUGGAUGCUUCAGACCAUCUUGCUGGUGGAAUGCUUCGGUAAAAGUCGCGCCGGAGAGCGACAGCACGAUAUGUCGAAUCUGUACCAUGGGCUUCAGAUCAAUCUGUUACGCCGAAGCGAAUGUCUCCAUACGCACCUCCAACCAUGGGACGAAACGACGCAGAGUCUCGACGAAUACUGGCGCCAGGCCGUCGAGGUGGAACAGAUGCGGCGCCUGGCGCUGAUUUCCUUUAUGUGGGACACGCAGCACGCCAUCUUCUUCGCGCAGAUUCUGUGCAUGAACGCCUCAGAGCUCAAGGUCACCUUGCCCUGGGACACGGCCGUGUGGGAAGCCGAAACGGCCGAAGAGUGGUGGGAGAGGACGCGAGCGUCGCCCGCCCCGCAACCAUAUUUAACCAUUCUCCAAAUGUAUACGGACCCGCAUGGGUCGUCGGCGCCACGCCACCUUAACGCGCUGUCGAGGGUCUUGAUCCUGCACGGCCUCAUGUCCUUGUCGUGGGACUUCCGCCGCCGGGACCAGACCGCCUUGAAGAAUAUCACCACGACACCCGCGUCGGCAUCGUCGCCGUCUUCGCGGUGGCAAUCCAAGAUCUCCGCGUGCUACGGGCGCUGGAAGCUCGAUUUUGACCGGUACACGAAAGAUGUGCUCGCCUCUUUGCCGCCCACCGCGUCGGCGCAGAGGUUUUUACGCUUUGCCGUCGCCCAUUCCGCCGUCUACCACACGGCGCAAAUACUACUGGAGGUCGAGAUUGCCGAUCUCCAGAUCCACGCCGGCGCACGCCAUAUCCUCGGCCGUCCCGUGUCGGAGCUCGACCGACGCCGGUCCCGGUCGCGGCUCGACGAAUUCUUUUACACCCGAGACGCCGGCGGAAGCGUGGCCCGCGCCACCUGGCAUGCCGCUCGACUCGUGAGGGACGGUAUUAGGAAACUCGAUAACUGGAACGUCGAUGACAUGAUCCAUUUUCCUUGGUGUCUUUACCUGGCCACCUUGACAUGUUGGGCGCUUUACACUGCUACACCACCAACAACCGUCUCACCGGCAGAUAAUGGUUUCAGGCCCUUGGACAGAGAUGUGGCCCUCGAAGACACCGAGGAUGAAGAUUCCGAAUGGGACUCUCGUACCGAGAUGAGCGCCUUGAUCAGCGCACUCUCUCGACUGGAUCCCCUGAAGAGUGACACAUUCUGCAAAGACAUUCGCGCCGUGGCCGGUAAGUAUCCUCCGCACGGCCUACUGACAUGUAUGGUCAAGCAUCUCGGCACGGUCAGGUGGGCUGUCGUUAGAGAGGGCAUGAUCGUUUUGAAAGACCUUCAAAGGAGAGAGCUACACAGAAACUAG